CCUGGCUGUCCGCCGGGGCUGGGCCCGCCGGCCCGAUGUCCCACAGGGAGCGAAGGGGGCAGGAGGAGGAGAAAGGGGUGGAGGAGGAAGAAGAGGAGGAGGAAGAAGGAGCGGCGAGGGGCAGCCGGGCGCGGCGCAGGAGCCACCCAGAGCCGGCGGCGAGCGGCAGCAGGACCCAGGACCGGCAUGAGAGGAAACGGAAGAGGCAGGAGGCGCAGCAGCUGCGGAAGCUCCAGCACCUGGAGUCCUUCUAUGAGAAACCUCCCCCAGGGCUAAUUAAGGAGAAUGAAACAAAACCAGAAGACUGCAUACCUGAUGUACCGGGCAAUGAAAGUGCACGAGAAUUCCUGGCACAUGCCCCGACAAAAGGGCUUUGGAUGCCUUUGGGAAAAGAAGUCAAAGUCAUGCAGUGUUGGAGGUGUAAACGUUACGGACACAGAACAGGAGAUAAAGAGUGCCCUUUCUUUAUUAAAGGCAAUCAGAAGUUGGAACAAUUUAGAGUAGCACAUGAAGACCCAAUGUAUGAUAUCAUAAGGGAAAAUAAACGUCAUGAAAAAGAAAUGAGGAUACAGCAUCUGAAGCAGCUCCUGGAGGACUCUACCUCAGAUGAUGACAGUGAUGAUGAUGAUGAAGAUAGCAGCAGCUCGACUUCCUCAGAAUGCAGAGAUAAACACAAGAAAAAAAAGAGAAAGAAGGAAAAGAAAAAAAAGGAAAAGAAGAAGAAAAAGAAGAGAAAGCAUAAAUCAUCUAAAUCUAAUGAGAAGUCAGAAUCUGACUGACAGCAGUCACCUGCUGCACGCUGACUGACCUCCUACUUGUGAACUGCAAGGAAAGAGCCAAAGAACGAGGAAGAAACCGCCGGAAAGGGCUCUGUUAAACUCAGAACAUACAGAUGGAUACACACAGCAUCCUACACUGGCUGUCCUCUUCUGCCCCUCUGCAGUGCCGCAGCCAGAAGGAAGAGAGCUGCAAUGAAACACCACCAGUCAGCCCUAUCUUUAUUCUGUAAAACCUCUGCUAAUGGUCAUUCUCUUGGUCAGCUCAGGCCUCUGCGUUGCUGCUCGUGGCUGUGGGCAGAAAGCAGUGGCUACCAGGGUGUCACCAACCCAUCUGCAGGGUUCAGCAGCCUGCCUAUUGAAGUGUCUUUUCUCCAUGAAGUCAUUUUGUUCUAUACAAAGCCUCACUGUAGCGGGGCUGCAGUUUGCACCGAGCAGAGCACUGACAGCUCACAGUGCUUAUAAUAAGCAGGUUGUACUGUUAUAUUUUUUUAAUCUGCAUCCUGCCUAUGUGCUGAAGUUCUUUGUACUUAUCUGAGUACUGGCAGCUAGGGAAAUAAAGCUCACUGCUGAAGGAGGGGAAACGUUAAUCAAGGGGUUUUACUUUAAGACAGAAUUGCAGUGUUGGCAAGACUUGGGGUUUUUGUGUAGCAAAAUCUCAAUAUCUUUGCCAUUAAUGCGCACAGUUCUGUAACACCUCAACUGUUCUCCAAACCAUAGGGGUGAGAGUCAAGUGUAAUGUUGUUGGAUGUUCAACUGUACUGUAAAGAGGUUGUGGUUUUAGUUAUUUAAAAAGGCUGUUUUCAUGUUAGAAAUGAAAAAGAUUAAUUUCUACAUAAACCAGUAUCAGUUGUUUUGAUACGUUUGAGUUUUUUUUUUUUCCUUUUAACAAGGCUCGGGGAAAUAAAUUCCAAACUUACUUUUUAUGUUUGCUAGAA